AUGCGCUGCUUUAGAGUGCUGCACAACUUCGACGCGCAAGACACUGUUGAGCUUACUGUGAAGAAAGGGGAAGUUGUCGUUGCCGUCGAGAACGAUGUCCAGGAAGGGUGGAUCAAAGUCGAGGUGCUCAACGACGGGCAGCGCCGGGGUUUCGUGCCCCUUAACUACCUGCGCGAGACUGCGCAACCGCUUGACGAAAGCGGUGGCCCACCACAACCGAAUUUGGCAGCAGCCCCAGGCCCAGCAACGGCCUCCGUGCCGCGACAGCCUUCUGCAAUCCCGAGGGAGUCGCCGUCGUCCUUCACCUCGGCCGCACUUGACUACGGCGAUACGCUGAAGAACAUGUACGCCAGCGCCACGCGCGAACCAUCGGUGGCUUCACGCCGGAGCCGCUCAGCGGAGCACGGCCACUGGCGUGCGGGCGCCCCGACCCCAGCGACGGCGGUGACGGUGGCGGAGCAGCAGCAACAGCAGCAGGCGCAGUCCAGCGUAGACGCCGCGUCGAGCCGCUCACUUCUUAACGACCCGAAUGCGGUGGUUGAGGCGUUCAUGAAGAAUGAACUGCACUUCAAGCAACUCGUGCGACAGCGCCAGGACGCACUCGCACAGAUGCGCUCCACACUAGAAGGUGCAAUGGCCGAUGUGGCUGCGUGCAAAGAGAAGAACGCCACACUGGCGCGCAAGCUGCGUGACUUGGAUCAAUGUGUAGAGAAAGAGCGGAAGCGCUGGAAGGAUAGAAUCGAGGAGGAAAGGGCGUACAUCAGCCGCUCCGUAUCGCAUGAGCAUCCCGGCAGCGUAACGGCCGGCAGUCCCCCCGCGUCCAGUCGCUACUGA